UUGCUGCGGUUCUGGUGGCCAAACUCUGGUGGCCGGAUCCGACAGCGUUUCUGGUGGACCGAUCUGGUGGCUGCUGUCCGUGGCGUCUCCAACCUCCACAAACCAGGUCCCAAAAACAGCACACCAGCUGUUUGACAAAAAGCACCAAAGACCGAUUUUGGCUCUCCCUUGUUUAGCUGCUGUCUGUUUUGCUUUUUCCGGCUCCUGCUGCAGGAGUUUUUUGGUUCCACAUGACUUCUCCGGGAGGUCUGAAUCUCCCAAUAGUUUCGAACAAUUUUGCCUGCAAUAAUUCCCCGAUGAAUGACUACACAAAGACUGGUGCGGGCUCGGCUGGCGGUAACGGAGCAGAUUCUGCUUUUGUGGAGGAACGAGAAGUUGCUAUACCCAACGCCACAGCUAUCUCAAACCCUAAUGAUUCGGAUGUGGGGGCUGAAAAAAUGCCCAACUCCAAAUCGUAUGCUGAUAUCACGAUGAACAGGCCACCGAGACGUCCCGACCUAGCUGCUCAUCGGUUUCACUCAUUACGUCCCACCAAAGAGGGAGAGCAGUUUUCCUUAAAAGUUCCUCAGCACCUAUAUGCGCAAGAAGUCAGUAAGGAAUUCUCUCAUGCUAUUAUUGGUCGUCUUCUCCUUCGUAAAGGAGACAAACCUCAACCUGCAUUGCUUCUCAAGGCAGAACUUCACAAAAUUUGGAAAUUAGAAUCUGAGUGGCAACUUAUUCCUCUUGGGAAAGGGUAUUAUACGCUGGCUUUCCGGACUCCUGAAGACAAAACUCGUGCUAAAGCCAAGCCGGUCUGGGAAUUAUCUUGUGGUCAUGUACGUCUUCGAGAAUGGUCCAAACACUUUGAUCCAUUUAAAGAGCAUUCUUCCAUGGCGAAUGUAUGGGUGAGGAUACAUUAUUUGCCAAUUGAGUAUUGGCAUCCUGAGAUUCUAGCCGGGAUUGGGCGGUACAUUGGUCAUCCUAUUAAAAUUGAUGGAGCCUCGGCUCGUCGUGAUUUUGGGCAGUUCGCGCGCCUUCUUAUUGAGUUAGAUAUGUCCAAAUCCUUUCCUACUACCCUCUUAAUUGAUAACGAUACUUUUUCGUUCUAUGUUGAAUUCACGUAUGAGAAUUUACCUUUCUAUUGCUCAAAAUGUAAACUUACAGGACAUCCCACCGAAAAGUGUCGGAAAAUUUCGGUUAAGAAGGUUGUGGAAGAUGAUGUUCAAGAUAGAAAUCAACAGCCUUUGGUUAAAAAUGGGAAACAGUGGCAACCUAUCUCUGGUGAUGCAAGAGACGAGAGAGAACAUGAGCAGGAGACAGCAAAGGGAGAUAGGUCGGUUGAGGUGGGUUCGAGACGCGAAGACAUACAGGUUUCCCCAGCUCGUUUGGACCCGGGAUGUUACUCACUUCAGAAAAAUGAUCACCAGAAACAGUUAGGCUUGCCGGUUUCGGCGUCGAACAACAGUUUUGCCCUGUUGGAUAACGAAGGCACUGAAUUGCUUGAAGAACCGGAGCAGCAGCGGCGGCCAGUCAACAUUUCUGCGAUCCAUGAUGGCCAUAUCUCGGAGGAGGUUUCGGAUGAGGAUGAAGAAGUGAACUAUGACAGCAGUGGGAAGUACGUUUCCACAACGGAUGAUAUUGCUGUUAAUAAUGCCUUGAAAGCUCAAAGACUUGAGCAGAUUUUGGCGAUAGCUAAAGCGCCCAUGCCAGAAACAGUUGCUCCUGCUAAGCGACGAGGAAGACCAUCCAAACAGGAGCAAGCUGCUAGGGCAGCGGAGAACACAGCCAACAGGCCAGCGGACACAACCAUUAAAAGUAGACUUCGUAACACGGGUGAUACGUCGCGUACUUUUGUGAUUGAUAAAAGUAAUAGAGACAGCGCUCUAGCCAUGGAGAGCGUCGCCAAAGAGAGCUGGGCGGAAGAGGUUGAAAGAAGCGGAGCUGCCUCCGCUAACAUAAAUCAAUUCUGAUGAAUAUUAUUGCAU